GAGUUUGUGCCGUUUAUGCCCGUCCUCGGUCUUCUAUAUAAAGAGCUUCAUGCGCCUUAUCCACGGGCGACACAAGCAGCUUGACACACAGACGCGACACGGGGGACCUUCCUGACACCCUACGUGGAAAUUUUGCGAAGAUCUUUGGCCCUGCGUUCCCGUAUACCACCGCUUUCACUUUGUUCUCGGUAACAGUCGAGUGGAAGAAUUGCGCCAUAACAGCAGGAGAAAUCCAGAGCAGCAUUUCCUGACUAACCAGGUCACUCCAGCUCUGAUCGUUCGACUAAACCUUCAGGCUAUAAGACAGGCGCUUCUCGAAGAGCGACGAUGUAUUGCGGCCUGCUGCACGUGGUCAUCCUGUCUUUAUCGGCGGCCGUAGCGCUCGCCGUUCCUUCGUGCGAAGUCUUCGAAGCCCGCGAUUACCGGCGCUACACGUGUCGUGAGUUUCGGACGGCCAGCGACUUCACCCGAGCACGUUCGGCGCGAGCCGUCCACGAAGCCGACGUGGUUCUCGUUGCACGAGUCGCGUCUUUCCGCGCUGCCUCCGUCGGCCUUCGCGGGACUCAACGUCACGGUCCUGGAGCUGAGAUCUGUCGAGCUGGGACGUCUCGACCCGACCGAGACCGAGAACCCUUUCGCCGGUCUCGAGGACACCCUGCGCAAGCUCACGUUUAGCCUGGGCACCAUGCCGUCGUCGUGGUCUCUGCUGUCCAGCCUGCGGCGUCUGGAAGAACUGCAGAUCCUUCACUAUGCGCGCCUACGACUGACGCGCGACUUCAACCACCUGCCCAAGAGCCUCAAGACGCUGCUCAUCGCAGAUACCACUUUCGAGUCCAUUGAGGGCGGAUGGAUCAGCGACCUGGUGAACCUAGAGCACCUCAUUUUCCGCCACACGGGCCUCGACAGCUUCAACAGGAACUGGCUACCUUCGCCGGCACCUCGUUUUACCACUCUCGACUUGCCGACGAACAAGUUGACCUCUUUCCCGGUUGGACUGGGCGAUAAUUUGCCAGCUCUGAACUACGUCAACGUGUUCAAGAACUUGAUCACGACGGUGAGGGAAGAAGACCUCGCACCAAUCAAAGACAAGGUGGCCGUCGUCGACAUGUUGUUUAACCCCGUGCACUGCAACUGCAACGUUUCCUUCAUCUUGGAUUACCCGUCGUCGUGGCAUUACUUCCUGUGCGCCAGUCCACGCGACGUGAAGGACACCUACGCCACCAACCUGCGGUACAAUCAGCUCAAAUGCGAGAGCACUCCCUGAAAUACUGCUGCUGGACGUUCAGUGCGUGACUACCUACACCGCGGGCCAAUGCGUUCGGGUUCACAUUCGAUUCCGAUUAAAAGUGCCUACGUGCGCCGAUGAUUA